AGUUUACGCAGUCUCACAUUAAAGCAACAACCUCUCUCUCUCUCUCUCUCUUGAUUUCUCUGAUUCUCUUGUCUGAAAAAUCUGAGUUUCAGAGCUUCAGGUUCUUUAUUCUUCCUUCCUCUUCAACUCUGCAUGCUUCAUCUACCCACUCUCUUCGAUCUGUAAUAAAAAUCCCCAGAGAUGAAUAUUCACCGGAGCCUGUGAUCGGAGACACAACCUCCCCGGAGUGAUCAGCCAUUAAAAAAAAAACAAAAACAAAAAAUGCGGGUGAAGGAGUUGCAUCCUCUCUGCUGCAUCACUCUGGAGAGUCCACACACGAUUAAAGAAGACGACGACGAUGACAACAACUACCUCCCGCCGCAAGAGCCGGCGACGACGACGAAUCUAACUAGGUCGAGGAGUCUUCCGGCGACGUCGUUAACCGUUGGAUCCAACCGGAGAAACGUGACAGCGGCUGGAUCGGUGGGUGGGAUCUUGUACAAGUGGACAAACUUCAGCAAAGGGUGGAGAUCUAGAUACUUCCUCCUCCGCAACGGAAUCUUGUCUUACUCCAAGAUCCGGCGACCGGAGAAUCUGAAUCUUCUCUCUUCUUCGGAGGACGUGAGACUCAUCGGAGAUAUCUCCGCGGAUCGUCUCUCGAGGAUGGAUAGUUGCAGUGGUCGUCGGAAACAGGAGAAAACAGUCGGCAUUGUUCAUCUUAAGCAGGUUUCUUCCUUCAGAGAAAGCAAGUCUGAUGAUAGGAAGUUCUAUAUAUUCACAGCGACUAAGACUCUUCAUCUUCGGACUGAUUCUUUAAGUGAUAGAGCAGCUUGGUUACAAGCUUUAGCAUCUACAAAAUGUAUUUUUCCUCUCCGGUCAUUUAAUGGGGAAUUCUCCUUCACAUCACCAAAGGAUUUGUCCAUAUCAACCGAGAGACUAAAGAAACGGUUGCACGAAGCUGGAAUGAACGACAAUCUUGUAAAAGAGUGUGAGCAGAUCAUGCAAUCAGAGUUUUCUGAAAUGCAUGGACAAAUCAAGCUUCUUCAUGAAGAACGGACUAAUUUGUUUGACUCAUUGAGACAGCUUGAGGAAGCUAAUCUCGAAGCUGGAGCAUCAGGGAUCCAUUCAAGCCUUGGACGUGGAAAGUAUAGUGAAUGCAGCACUACUGCUUCAUCUGAUGAUAAACAAGAGUUUGAGGAUGUUUCUGAGGACGAUGAGCCUUCCUUCCACGACACUAAGGAGUACUUUAACGAACCUAACAUUGGUUCUGGAUCCAAUCUAUCUAGUGCAGAUAUCAAGAGAAGAACAAAACUUCCUGAUCCAGCUGAAAAAGAGAAAGCUGUGAGUCUUUGGUCUAUGAUCAAAGACAACGUUGGAAAAGAUCUCACCAGAGUUUGUCUCCCUGUGUAUUUCAAUGAACCAAUAUCAUCCCUCCAAAAGUGCUUUGAAGACUUGGAGUACUCUUAUCUUCUGGACCGAGCUUAUGAACACGGCAAAUCUGGGAACGGUCUCUUAAGAGCCUUAAACGUUGCUGCUUUUGCGGUCUCUGGCUAUGCUUCCACUGAAGGCAGGCACUGUAAGCCCUUCAACCCUUUGCUUGGAGAAACCUAUGAAGCUGACUUUCCUGAAAAGGGAAUACGUUUCUUCUCUGAAAAGGUCAGCCAUCAUCCAACUGUUAUCGCCAGCCAUUGUGAAGGUAAAGGGUGGAAGUUCUGGGGUGAUACUAACCUUAGGUCAAAGUUUUGGGGGAGAUCGAUUCAAGUUGAGCCUGUAGGAGUUUUAACUCUGGAGUUUGAUGAUGGUGAAGUAUUUCAAUGGAGCAAGGUGACAUCAACUAUAUACAAUAUCAUACUAGGUAAACUCUACUGUGAUCAUCAUGGGGUGAUGCAAAUCCGUGGAAACCGUCAAUAUUCUUGUACACUCAAGUUUAAGGAACAGUCCAUUCUUGAGAGAAAUCCACACCAGGUAAAUGGUUUUGUAGAAGACGUUGCUGGUCAAAAAGCUGCAACAGUAUUUGGUAAAUGGGAUGAUAGUCUUUACUAUGUUGCUGGUGAUGGAGUCAGUAAGACGAAAGUGAGUGAUCCUGCAUCAAACGCCUCAUUACUGUGGAGAAGGACUAAGCCACCGCUUAAUGUCACUAGAUACAACUUAACCUCAUUUGCUAUUACACUGAACGAGCUAACACCUGGUUUGAAGGAGAUGCUUCCUCCAACAGACUCUAGGCUAAGACCAGAUCAAAGGCAUCUGGAGAAUGGUGAAUAUGAGAAGGCCAACUUAGAGAAACAACGGUUAGAAAGAAGGCAAAGAAUGUCGAGACAACUUCAAGAAAGCGGGUGGAGACCGAGAUGGUUCGAGAAACAAGGAGAAAAUGAAACCUUCAAGUACACGGGAGGUUACUGGGAAGCAAGAGGAGACAGGAGUUGGGAUGAAUGCCCAGACAUCUUCGGCGAGUUCACAGAAGAGCAGCUAGCUGAUUCUGCUUAAUAAAAGCUCUUUCAAGUUUUCAUUUCCAGUCUGCUUAAUAGAAGAUUUUCAUCCGGACAGCAUUGGAGUUUUUCUACACAGAAGAAACGUUUUCUUCACAUGAGUAUCAAAAGCCUUCCAGUUUUCUGCUUGAAACUAAAAAGGGCAUAGAACAACAUGAUAUCAGAAAGGCUUUUGGUUAUAAUGCUUUUUUUUUUUUUUGUAAGGAUGCCUAUCUCCUAAAAGAGCUCCUUCUUUCGGUAGAGUGUCUUUUGUAAAGUCUUAUCUCUGUCUCUUUCAUUAUGUAUCUCUCUCGUUAAAUAGCUGAGAUUAAUAUUAGUUUGGUCAAUAACAUUCGGGACAAAGUUCAUUGUUAUCCAUUUGUAUUUAAUUAAAACAAAAUAUGUGAGGAAUAAAUAUAAAUCCAGGCAAAAGACUCUUUCCUUCAAAAUCCAGACUCCAGUUCAUAGUAUACCAAAGACUAAUACAGUCUGCUUAACCAAAAAAAAUUGGAAAAUCAAAUACCAAACCGGAAACAAAUUAACCAAUCAAACCAUCAUCCGGUCAAAGUCAAAACUGUGAAACGAGGAAAUCACAAAAUCGAAUUUCGCAACCUGCCACGUCAUCACCUCAUCUAUUAAACCAAGAGUUUGAAACCAAU